AUGAGCCUCCGCCUGCCUCUCCGGGGUGGGGGCACAUUCGCCACCAUCAUCAGCGCCUACGCUCCGACGAUGACCAACCUCGACGCCGUCAGAGACAAAUUCUACAAGGACCUGCACGCCCUCUUGGUGACUGUGUCGAAGGCGGACAAGUUGAUUGUCCUUGGUGACUUCAACGCCCGCGUCGGCACAGACCAUACUGCCUGGAGAGGAGUGCUGGGUCCCCACGGUCUCCGCGGCUCAAACGACAAUGGUCUGCUGCUUCUCCGCACCUGCGCAGUACACCGCCUCAUCCUGACGAAUACCUUCUUCUGUCUGCCGGAGCGAGAGAAGGCCACCUGGAGGCAUCCUCGGUCGCGCCAGUGGCACCUGUUGCACUAUGUCCUCGUCCGGAGGCGAGAUCAGCGGGACGUGCUGGUGACGAAGGCGAUCGCGGGUGCUGACGGGUGGACCGACCAUCGCCUCGUCAUUUCGAAGAUGCGUAUUCGCCUACAGCCUCGCAGGAGACCACAAGGUAAGCGACCCCCAGGUAAGCUGAAUGUUGCCUUGUUGUCUUUGCCCGCUCACCAUCUUCAUUUCAGCAAUGAGCUAGCUCAAAGGCUAGACAACCUUCCUAUCGCUGACGCCGACGACGCCGCCGCUGCCGAGAACGCCUCCGUGGAGAACCGCUGGUGUCAACUGCGAGACACGGUCCAGUCGACGGCGCCCGCCGUCCUCGGUCGCACUCCCCGCCAACACCAGGACUGGUUCGACGACAACGACGCCGCCAUCAGAAAUCUGCUAGCUGAGAAGAACCACCUACACAAAGCCUACGUAGAUCACCCCACUGAUGCCACCAAAGCUGCCUUCUACCGCAGUCGCCGCCAACUUCAGCAACGACUGCGCGAGAUGCAGGACGCCUGGACUGCUCGCAAAGCUGAGGAGAUCCAAGGGUACGCGGACCGCAACGAAUGGAAGAACUUCUUCUCUGCGAUCAAAGCUGUCUACGGUCCGCCGACAAAGGGCACUGCUCCUCUCCUCAGCGCCGACGGCAACACUCUCCUGACUGACAAGACGCAAAUCCUGCAGCGAUGGGCCGAGCAUUUCCGAGGCGUCCUCAACCGCCCCUCCGUCAUCUCCGACGCCGCCAUCGAGCGUUUGCCGCAAGUGGAGAUCAACGUGGACCUCGACCUCCCGCCAUCUCUCCAGGAAACCAUCAGGGCCGUGCAGCAGCUCUCCAGCGGGAAACCACCCGGAUCGGACGCGAUCCCUGCUGAGGUCUACAAGCACGGAGGUCCCAAACUUGUGGAUCACCUGACUGCGCUCUUCCAAGAGAUGUGGCGUCAAGGUGAAGUCCCACAAGAUUUCAAGGACGCAACCAUCGUGCAUCUCUACAAGCGCAAAGGGAACCGCCAAGUCUGCGACAAUCACCGCGGCAUCUCCCUGCUGAACAUCGCCUGGAAGAUCUUCGCACGAAUCCACCUUAACCGCCUCAAUAAUCAUCUGGAACAGGGCCUUCUGCCGGAAAGCCAAUGCGGCUUCCGUCGUCAUCGUGGGACCACGGAUAUGAUCUUCGCCGCCCGUCAACUUCAGGAGAAGUGUCAGGAGAUGCGGACCCACCUGUACUCUACCUUCGUGGACCUGACGAAAGCCUUCGGCACGGUGAAUCGUGAAGGACUGUGGGAGAUCAUGCAGAAAUUCGGCUGUCCGAAGCGAUUCACUCAGAUGGUGCGUCAGCUGCACGACGGUAUGAUGGCGCGAGUCACGGACAACGGAGCUGUCUCAGAGGCAUUCGCAGUGACCAACGGAGUGAAGCAGGACUGCGUACUGGCGCCUACCCUCUUCAGUCUUAUGUUUUCUGCCAUGCUGAUGGACGCCUACCGUGAUGAGCGUCCCGGGAUGCGCAUCGCCUACAGGACGGACGGUCACCUGCUGAAUCAACGGCGGAUGCACUUCCAAUCGCGCGUAUCCACAACCACCGUGCACGAACUCCUCUUCGCCGACGACUGCGCCCUGAACACCACCUCGGAAGAGGAGAUGCAACGGAGCAUGGACCUGUUCUCCGCCGCCUGCGAGAACUUCGGUCUGGUCAUCAACACACAGAAGACGGUGGUGAUGCACCAACCGCCACCCAACUCGACCACAGCCCUCAACUCGCCGCCGCAAAUCAGCGUGAAUGGGACCCAACUGCAAGUGGUGGAGAACUUCCCGUACCUGGGCAGUACUCUCUCCCGCAACACCAAGAUCGACGACGAAGUCGCCAACAGGAUCUCGAAAGCCAGUCAAGCCUUCGGUCGCCUCCAAAGCACAGUUUGGAAACGCCACGGUCUUCAGCUGAGCACGAAGCUGAAGAUGUACAAGGCCGUCAUCCUGCCGACACUACUGUAUGGAGCGGAGACUUGGACGGUGUACGCAAAGCAGGCACGUCGUCUGAAUCACUUCCAUCUCAGUUGUCUUCGUCGCAUCCUGAGGCUAAAGUGGCAGGAUCGAAUCCCCGACACUGAUGUGCUGGAACGGACGGGAAUCCUCAGCAUCUACGCCAUACUGAGGCAAAUGUAG